AUGCUCCUUGCACGACUCUCGCUUGCCCUGGCAUUUACCAGCCUGGUCACUGCAGCAGCUAUCCCACCAGCCCUUCAGGAAUUCAGCCCUAGCAAACGGGCAGAAUCCCUGUCAUCUCAAGACGCGUCAUGGGCGCCGGACACCCAAUCAGCCCCCGGAAAUGCUAACGACAACCACCUGAACAAACGAGUCCCUUAUUACUUCCCCGAGACCGUCCCCGACGAAAAUGAAAUCGCCGAUCGAUCGACCACGAUGCGUGAAGCAGGCCUCAUCGCCAGCGAGCAUGGCCAACCUCCACAGUCAAUCGAAUCUCCGGAUGCAGGGAUCGACAUUCCCCGUGCACGGAUGAUUCCCGUUCGGGACUUCAUGUCCGAAUUGGACCGUUUGGAAGCUACGGAGUCCGUCUGGGAGAUGCUGCCUACGUUACUACCGCCAUUCCGUUUCUUUGUGAUUGCAAGCUCGAUUAUCGCUGUUCUCACCGUGAUCAGGGGUUGUCUGCGUGCGCGACACUGA